GAGUGGAGCGAGUCAGGCCGCAGCACCGCAGCGCCUUCCCUGAGGAAACAAGCUGAGACGGAAGCAGGCGUGGCUUCUGCGCGAGUGAAUCGUGAAAAAGCUGCCCCACCUGUGCUCUGAGAACUGCCGGGACCCCGUCAGCAGGACCACGGCAAGGGGCUCAGGGCACCUGCCGUGCAACCAGACGGCCACCCCCGACCGGCCCCACCAUGUCGUACAUGCUUCCGCACUUGCACAAUGGCUGGCAGGUGGACCAGGCCAUCCUGUCGGAGGAGGACCGGGUGGUCGUCAUCCGCUUUGGGCACGACUGGGACCCCACGUGCAUGAAGAUGGACGAGGUCCUGUACAGCAUCGCCGAGAAGGUUAAAAAUUUUGCAGUUAUUUAUCUUGUGGACAUUACAGAAGUGCCUGACUUCAACAAAAUGUAUGAGUUGUACGACCCGUGCACAGUCAUGUUCUUCUUCAGGAACAAGCACAUCAUGAUCGACCUGGGCACUGGCAACAACAACAAGAUCAACUGGGCCAUGGAGGACAAGCAGGAGAUGAUCGACAUCAUUGAGACUGUGUACCGGGGCGCCCGCAAGGGCCGCGGCCUGGUCGUGUCCCCAAAGGACUACUCCACCAAGUACAGAUACUGAGCGUGGCCGGGGGGCCGGGGCCAGCAGCCUGCCUGCUGCUGUGUUUACAUUACCAGUCCUUGUACAUACCCAAGUGAAUAAAAUGUGGUGAAGGGAA